AUGUCGUUCCGGGCAUCGCGCACGCUGCUUAACGAGGCAAAGAACUACGCCUCGUCGCACAGCUUCACCUACAUCGAGGGCAAGACUCCCUUCUGGCGCAAGUUCCGCCAGAUCUUCUCGGCCAACCCAGAGAUCUCGUCCGGUCUGCCUUCCAUCGAGUCGAACCGAUGGCCCCAGCCCGGAUCGCGCCCUGAGCGCCCCGCCACCCCACCCAGCGCCGCUUCCGACCCGGCCUCGAACCUCUACCACAACCGUGACUUUCGCCGAAAGUACCCCAAGCUCGAGAUGAUCACCCAGAAGGACCUCACCACUCUGCUCCUCUCUUCUCCCAACGAGGAUGGCACGCGCAGCCUGCAAGCGCCCGAGGACGCCUCCAACACCACCGCGCUCGCCCGCCCCAGCGAUCUCGAAUCGCCCACCGCAUUCACCGACGUGCUGGCGCAGGUGCACAAGUCGUCCGACGCCUCGGCCGCCACCUACUACUCGUCCACCAACCUGCCGCCCCGUCCACCCUUCAAGCAGCCCCACCACAUCCUCAAGCUGCAGAAGGGCGCCGUGCCCCACGACCCGCAUGCCUACUACCCUGCUGAGAACUACGCCUAG